GGAGGCCCCGGCUCGCGGGGCAAGUUUUGUACGUUGAACUUUUUGUUUGCGGCUUCAUGCGGCUUUAAUUGCUUUGCACCAGGCUAGCUCUCGAGUCUCUCCUGCACUUGCCAGGCCAGUGUUGAUCAUCCUUGUUGCUACGCUUUCUCCUGCUGUUGGCCCCAGAAUCGUUCUGUUCCAAACGCUGCAGCCUCCCUGCAUCACAAGUGCUGCACUUAUCGCAGGAUGGCACAGGCAAGCGCCGUCCAAUUGGUGGAUGUCAGCAGAACAAUGCUAAGUGCGGCUCAGACAGGGCUUGGGGGAAGCGGCAUUCAGGGGUGUCCAGCAAUGUUAACGUUGUCAGGGAGGACGUCUGAUGGAGUCAGAGCACGGCAAUGUAACAGCGUUUUUGGGCGCCAGACACGGAGGAUUGUCUGGGGACAGCAUCGUGCGGAACGUUCAAGGGAGGCCCCUCCAAGGUGCCUUAGUUCUGAAUCUCCGGAAUACAAGCUGCAGAAAGUAGAAAUAAAUGCUCCUGCAAGAAGGACAGCGUUGCUCUUGGCAGGGGCUGCCUUCUUUUCAAGUCUGACUGCAUUGGUGGCUGAUCAGAGCACGGCGCAUGCGGCCCCGGUUAAACCCCCAGCUGUAGAAGAGGUGCCGGAGAUUGUGAAAGAGAUGCUUGAGAGAUCGAAACUGAACAAGGCAAAGUAUGAUAAGGAGCGUUUGGACGAUUACAACCGAAGAAACUUUUCUGACUACUUUGAGUUUACCACGGGUUCAAAAAACCCCAAGAAAAUGACGGAGACUGAUAAGGCCAUGUUGAAAUGGUUAGAGGCAAACAGGAAGAAAUAGAAUAAAAGCUUGACCAUCGUCCAUACUUGUUCCACAGCUCAGUGAGCUUCUGCUGGACUUCGUUUGGUGUUGUUGCAAUUGACCGAUACUUGAGCUUUGCUGCUUAUUGUUGGUGAGCCGUGUUGAUAGGUAGGUGCUGUUAGGCAGCUGGCAGGUCGGGCAGGGCACAUCAAUGACCAUUCCCUCGAGUGUAUGUACUUAAAUAGACAUCAGAAGUAUUUGUCAAGAAUUAUGCCCAAAUAUUGGCGAACAGCGGCCGCGCUGUUGUGUAUUUCUAAGCUCCUUGCUUGCAU